UGAUGACAGCACACUUAUAGAUUUAAAACAUUAACUAAAAGAUGCUGUGUGGAGCUCUAAGCCUCUUUGUUUGUGGAUGCAAAGGAACUGGUUUAGUUUCAAAUAUGGGUACCGCCGUGCCGAUUUGGUUGCUCGUUAUAACGAUACUUACCAGAACUUCAAACAGCAUAGAGAUCUAUGGGGACAUAGGACUGAUACAGGAUGUUAGUCUGCACUACCAGGACCGACAAGGAAUGGAUGAUGCCUUCAAGUAUGCCAUUAAAACAUUCAACAGUGACAAAAGCCUGAGACAGGAUAUCAAUAGUGUGAUUUUACAGAGUAAAGGACAUAAUGUCACCGACAUAGACAACAGCUACCAACUAACAAGGCAAAUAUGUCAUUUACUACCAAAGAACAUUAUACUGUUUAUUGCGGAUUCGUCACAACAAUCUAUGGAAGUGUACGAGUCGAUGUCGAGUAACCUUGAAAUUCCUGUUGUCUUGCCAAGAGGACCUGGAUACAAUCACACAUCUGAAUAUGUUUUCGACAUGACACCUUCCUUUAUUGGUGCCAUCAUUGAUUAUAUUCAAUAUUUUGGUUGGAAAGUUGUGUAUUAUGUCUACGACUCAGAAGAAAGUCUUCAUAGAAUUCAAGAAAUCUACAGAGCACAGAAAAGUUUAGGAACUAGAUCGUUUUCACUCAGACCUAAACGGAUUGUCAAUAUCAGUGAUUCCUAUGCAGUUUUACGUUCUGUCGAUAAACAUCGUUACUGUGAUAGUGACAUACAGUUUGCCUGUAAUAUGAGAAUAAUUCUAGACUUGUCUACAAAAGAAGCUUUCAAUCUAACACUAGAACAGAUAAUCAACGUUGGCAUGAACAGAGAUGAAUAUCACUACAUUCUUGGAGGACUUGGAAUACAAGAACUAGACCUUAGCGCCUUUGCGUAUGGUGGCGUGAAUAUCACUGGCUUUUCUAUGUUAAACGCUCACUCAACAACUUUUAAAGAAGUAGAUUCAGACAUUAACCGAAAAGUUUACCAACACCUAAAUCCACUGACGAUUGAUAAAGCGAUGAUGAUAGAUGCUGUCAGAUUUAUUGGCAAAGGAAUAGAUAAGUACUUGGCCGAUUCUUUGGCAGUCUCAUAUAAAGGAGCGACAUGUAAUAAAGGUUAUAAAAAAGAUCUAAAAGAUACACCUACUCGUGGAAGCCUAAUAGCCAAAUCAAUGAAACAGGUUGAACUACCGGCAGGUUUAACGGGAAAAGUAGCGUUCGAUUCAAAUGGGCUGCGGAAAGAUUACACUUUAGAAGUACACCAAAUGGGAUACAAGUCUAAACUGACAAAGAUUGGAGAUUGGUCACCUAAUAGACCUUCAGGGAAAAGAUUUGAGACAAAUAUUCCCUCUCGUAUGCCAAUGGACAGAUCUUUGACCCAUGCAAAUAGGACAUGGAGAAUUGCAACCAAAAUAUCAAAACCAUUUGUCCAAAUUGUGACCUCACCCCAUACAGAUAAACGUACAGAUGGUGUUAUAGAGAUUGAUGGUAAAUUAUACGAGGGGUACUGUAUAGAACUAAUACAACAAGUAAAGGAACGAUACCUUAUAGAACACAAAACAGACUUUAAUUUUAAGUUUCAUUUUGUGAAAGACAAUGAAUUUGGGAAAUGCCAGAAAGAUUUUACAUGGAAUGGUAUGGUCGGUGAAUUGAUUCGAAAUGAAACAGACUUAGCCUUGUCAUCACUCACAAUAACAGAAGAUAGACAAAGAGUUGUUGAUUUUACAACUCCUUUCAUGCAAAUGGGCAUUAGUAUAAUGAUUAAGAAACCAGAUAAACAAAAACCAGGCGUAUUCUCUUUUAUGGAUCCUUUAGAUGUUAAAGUAUGGAUAUGUGUGAUGGUUGGCUUUCUAGCAGUCAGCCUCGUUUUAUUCUUUGUCGGACGUUGGAGCCCAUAUGAGUGGAGAGAAAUCCUAAAUUCAAGAGAUCAAUCGAAUGCAUUUACUUUUUCUAACACUUUAUGGUUUGCUUUGGGGGCAUUAAUGCAGCAGGGAUCUGAUAUAUUCCCAAGGUCCAUUUCCGGUCGAGUAGUUGGAAGUGCAUGGUGGUUUUUUACACUUAUUCUUAUAUCUUCCUAUACUGCCAAUUUAGCAGCCUUUCUAACUAUUGAGCGAUUACUGACACCUAUUCGAGGUGCUGAUGAUUUAGUAGGACAGACUAAAAUUAAGUAUGGUGCAUACAAGGGUGGUGCAACUGAGAAGUUUUUUGAGCAAUCAAAAGUUACAACUUUUUCUAAUAUGUGGAAAUACAUGCUUGCUAACUACGACAGUGUAAUGGUAGACAAGGAUGAAAUAGGAGUUCAAAAAGUAAGAGAUUCAAAACACGACUAUGCCUACCUGUUAGAAUCUCCUAGGAACCAGUAUGAAAAUCAGAAGAAACCGUGCAAUACAAUGAAGGUUGGAGAAAAUUUAGUCAACAAAGGAUAUGGAAUAGCUACACAAUUUGAACUUUCUGAACUCAGAAAAAAUCUGACUUUAGUCAUAUUAAAGUUGAAUCAAGAAGGUGUGAUGUACAGAUUGGAACAACGUUGGUGGUACGACAAAGGUGAAUGUGGCUCAGACACAAAGGAUAAUACAAAAAGCGCAUUGACCUUGAGUAAUGUUUCUGGUAUAUUCCAUAUCCUAAUUGGUGGAUUAGUAAUAUCAAUGUGUGUUGCUCUUUUUGAGUUUAUUAUUCACAGCAUUAGAAAGAAACAUAAACAAAGGUACAAAUCUACAGUAAAAUCGACGGUUAAAAUAGAGAAGAAAAAUCCACUAGAAGUUUUGAAGGCUGCAGGAUACUCUGAAAUUGAUAAUUCUGGGUAUGCCCAAGGACCACCUGAUUAUGAUCAAUUGAAGACGUUCGGCGAUGGAGCAACGUACAGAUCUGAAGGGGACGAAGCAUUGUUUUCUUGAGUUGUGAUUAUUUUGCAGGCCGCGGGACUUGAUUAAAAAGUUUUCGUAUAUUUUCGUAAAUCAACCUCAAACAACAGUUGCAUGUUGUUUGCAUAGCUGUUAAUUUUUCUUUUCAUUCGUAUGAUGUAUAUAAAUAACCCUACAAGCUGAAAUUGUACAUACAAUAGUUCUUUUUGAAUUACAAAGUGUGUGCAUAUGCCCAAGUACAAAAUAGAAUUGGUACAUAUUCAUAUAUGCAGUUGUCAAUGUAAAUAUUAACAUUUAAGACGCAAAAAUAAAUAGUUUCAAGUAGUUUUGAAAAAGGAUAUCCAAUAUACUUAAGAAUACUGUCAUGUGGUCAGAUCCAUAAAUAUUUACUCAAUUGAUCUAGAUUAAAAGAUUAUGUGUUAAUCCUUUAAGUCAUCGUUAUUUUUAUGUUUUUAUCACAAGACUUAGGUUUCAUAUUAAUGGUGCAUGUACACAAAUAACAAGUUACAUAUCAGGAGAAUUUUUCCUAAUAAUACAAAGUUUGCAACGCAGUUGGCCUUUCUGAAAUAACUUCAACAUUGUAUCAUUUUGUAAUUAGUUUUACUAACAGACAUGUAAUUUUCAUCACUUCUGCGUUUCUGUUUUAUGUACAGCCGUAAAAUGUCUUGACUGAGCGUUUACGUAAACAAAGGAAUUAAAAAUCGAUUUUAUAAUAAGAACGGUUUUAUUUCUUCUGCCUAAAUGUCAAUCAACUUGAAUUUAUAGAGACAAACGGAUUUAGCAGUCCAUAUGUGAAGGAUCUUUUUAUAUAGUCGUCAUUAAAAUAUUACAUGCUUUAGUAUAAUAUUUGCUCAUUACAUUUUGUAUUAUGGAAUUGGUACCAUCAUAUGUAAUUGAGAGUGAUAAUUUAAGUAAAAUUCAAUUCCUUUAUA